GCCGGACUCUCUCUUUUGCCUCGAUCUCAGGAAAGGGAGGACAAUCACACGGCAUAGACAGACUGAGUUGAUAUGGCGAGCUCGUUAGAUGAUCCCGGCCGUGGUCUUUUUCUCUCUUUGUUCGGCGAGGCCCCGAAGAAGCGUGUGGAAUCCCAAGAGGAGCGUGACAUAUCCGCCAGCACGUCCGCUGAGACGCCGCGAGAGGCCGCACAGCAGCCCCAACCCAGUGCCCCCGUGCAGCACCCUUCUCACCCGAGCACUGCCCCAGCAGCCCGGCAUCUCGACGCCAUCAACGUCGAUGCGCCCGGGGUGCCCAAGUUGUCGACACUUUGCCUGCAGAAGCUAAGGGCGCAGCGAACCCGGGUUGUCGUCGAUGCCAACAUCCCUGACAGUCAGCUCAAGACCAUAUACCAAGGUGGGUGGCGGGUGCACAGCACAGGGAGGAGAAGAGGAACAAGAGAUCGGUCUUCUGUGCUGUCGUCCACCCGUAUCGCUGUCCGUUGGUGUGUGCGCCGUGUGAUCAGGUGCCAGCAUUGAGGAGUUGGAGAGGUGCGAACGGAUCCACCCGCAGCGUCAGACGCUGGUCAGCAGGAUGGCGUGGCAGCACCUGUGGCGUGAUGCCGUCAAGUCACACUUGAGACACGUAUGGACAACAAGCACGCCCACAUACACACCAGGGGGAGGGAGGCCAAUGACUCGCUGCUGCUGUGUCGUGUGCUGGUUGUUUGUUGGUCAGCAAAAACACGUGUUGGAUCAGCGCAAGCCCAAACAGAGCUGGCGCACCUUCUAUCUCACCAUCAAGCAGAAGCAGCAGGAGCGGCUCAAGUGAGCACGGGCGCGGGGCACACUACUCAGACAGACGAUGGACAACGAACACCUGCCCACCACACCACAGCACACCACAUAACACAUAUGUUUCCUUCCCUCUGCCUGCAGGGCUGCCUCAGCGAUGGCGAAAGAAAAGUAACGCCUGGCCACCACACGCGAAGUGAGCAAGUGUGACUCACAUGUCCCUCGGCCGCCGCCUGUGUAUCAGGUACCGUGAGAGUGAGGAUUCCAAGAAGUCCAUCAAUGUCGUGUCGCACGCUGCCGAGCCGUCCAAGCGACGGUCCAAGGCCAAGGCGGGACAGGCCACCGCCCCCCUCAAGCUGGGGCCACAUGCGGACUUGGUCGUCAACUUUGGCGGCUCGAAGAGCUCGCAAACACGCAAGACCACCACCAAAUCCAAGACGGUGAGAGGAGAGGGAUCGGACAGGUGGCGUUGUGUCGGUGAGCACCUGAAGGGAUAUUUGUUGUUCAGGUGAAGCGUGAGAAGACCAAUGCGCACGUCAUGGUACAUAUCCAGACAUGCACGACUUGUGAAUGAUGCCGUGUGGGUGUCCCUGUUGGCUCUGCAUCUGUUUGACGGCAUAUGGACCACCAACAGAAGCCCAAAGGUGGAUGGAUGAGAUGAGAUGGAUGGGACCCAACUCAGACACACCACCGUGUAGCUGGUUUCCGUAUGUGUGGUAUGUCUGUGUUCGUUCAGUUGUGGGUGGCGUGGAGCAGCCGGUUCGUCAGCAGCCUGGGCAGCUUGGAUACAAUGGGCUGCCACGGGAGAUCAAGGUCACCAAGGACAGCUACAAGCCCCAAUACCUGGUGCCACCUGAGCCACAGCGCCAGGCGAAGAGGGGUCGCAGCAGCAGCCCUGCGAAGGAGCGGAUCAGCAGCCCUCAGCGAGCAAGAAGCAGCAGCCCCACGCCUCCACUCAAGAAGGCCAAGUGGCAGAAGACCGACUGACUGUGAUUGACUUAUCCCUAUCGAUGGUUAAGACGGGAUACGCCUAGCAGAUGCACACAUCCGACCGCCUUUUUGCCCGACGACACCGGGUUUGUUUUUCCUAAGACGAAUUGCAUGUGCGUGUCGCUCGCUGAGUGAGUGAGUGAGUCUGGUGUGUCUGUUGUCCAUACUCCUAAGACCAGAGUGCGCAAGAAUGUGUGGUUGUAGCGCGUGUGUAUGAGUGCGCGCGUCUGAUGUUUCCCCCGUCCCUAAAUGGAUAUGGGGUGUCCGUAUCUUCGCAAUUCAGGUGGACGGCACACGUAGGAAGGGAGGAAGACAGGGGUGAAACGUGCAUUGGCGACAGCCGUUUGUAGGGGUGGACCAGGCCUGUCUGCAUGUAUGAGGAUUGCUUGCGUCCGUACGUUCAGACGCAGAGGAAGUAUUUGGUCAUCAAUCGAUAUUUAAAUGCAGC